GCAUAUCAUGAGUAUCCAAACAAUGAAGUAACUCAAAAGCUGAUAUUCAAUGGGCAUUCCUUCUUUCACAGUGAUGCUUGCUUACAUGCUUUCUUCUUCUUCUCUUGCCAUAGAACUUGAUUCUAUUCAUGUUUCCCAGUCCCUCAGUGAUGGCAUGACCUUAGUGUCACAAGGUGGAAAAUUUGAACUUGGUUUCUUCAGCCCUGGUAAUUCUUCACACAAGCGUUACUUGGGAAUUUGGUACAAGAAAAUUCCAAUUCAGACAGUUGUUUGGGUUGCCAAUAGGGCCAACCCCAUCAAUGAUUUCUCAGGAAUUUUAACAAUGAAUAGCACAGGCAAUCUUUUACUCACCAAAAAUGGCACGGAGACUACUUUUUGGAGCACAAUCUCUCGAAAACAAGCAAAGAAUCCAGUAUUGGAGCUCUUGGAAAGUGGCAAUCUUGUGUUAAGAAAUGAAGAGGAAUCAAAUCCAAAGGCCUAUUUGUGGCAAAGCUUUGAUUAUCCUUCAGAUACGUUCUUGCCAACCAUGAAGUUGGGAAGGGACCUCCGAAAUGGUUUCAAUCGGCGCAUAACUUCUUGGAAGAGUCCAAAUGAUCCAUCCCCUGGAGACCUUUCUAUCGGUUUAGUUCUAAAUGAUUAUCCAGUCUAUUACAUGAUGAAUGGCACAAAAAAAUUAUUCAGGGCUGGACCUUGGAAUGGCCUAUACUUCAGUGGAGAACCAAAUCUGUCCCAUACAUAUAUUUUUGAAGUCAGUUUUGUCACAAACAAGGAUGAGAUAUACUUUAGUUUUAACACCAAGGUUGAUUCUAUCACUGGAAGAGGUGUAAUAAGCCAAACAAGUCAAUCUCUUGCACACUAUUUAUGGGAUGACAAUCUUAAGAAUUGGAAAUUUUCUGGAUCAUGGCCAGGUGAUGUGUGUGAUAAAUAUGACCUUUGUGGAGCCUAUGCUUAUUGCAGUGUAGCAGAAUCAAAGCAUGUCUGCCAAUGCUUUAAAGGAUUCAGUCCAAAGUCACCAGAAGAAUGGAACUCAAACAACUCCUCACAAGGAUGCAUUCGCGACAAACCACUAAGCUGCAAUGUCACAACUAGUGAUGUGUUUGUCAAAUAUACUGGCUUGAAAGUGCCAGAUACUCAGCAUACUAAGGUGGAUGAGAAUAUUACUUUAGAUGAAUGUAGAAAUCUUUGUUUGAAGAACUGCUCUUGCAUGGCUUAUACCAAUUCAGACAUAAGAGGAGGAGGCCGUGGCUGCGCCAUGUGGUUUGGCAAUCUAAUUGACAUCAAAAUGAUUCAAUCUGGUGGACAAGAUCUAUAUAUCCGAAUGCCUGCUUUUGAGUCAGGUAAGGGACAAAAUUUCAUUUUGCUUUAUAGCUUCUUCUUCCAUUCUUCUUAUUAUUAUAUCUUUCAUUUUUGUUUACAUGUUAUAGAAGAAUAUAUGGAAGGGCAUGUAAAUGAUACGGAUCUACCAUUGUUUGAUCUACUAACAAUUACUACUGCCACACACAAGUUCUCGUUGAAUAACAAGAUUGGACAAGGUGGUUUUGGACCUGUUUAUAAGGGAAAAUUAGCAGAUGGUCUUGAAAUUGCUGUGAAGAGACUCUCACAUAGCUCUACACAAGGAAUGACCGAAUUCAUAACUGAAGUAAAGCUAAUUGCGAAACUUCAGCACCGUAAUCUAGUAAAACUUCUUGGUUGCUGCAUUCAAGGAGAAGAAAUUUUGUUAGUUUAUGAAUAUGUGGUUAAUGGUAGCCUGGACACCUUCAUCUUUGAUCAAACAAAAGGUAAGUUGUUGGAUUGGCCUCAACGCUUGGGCAUAAUAUUUGGAAUUACUAGGGGACUCUUAUAUCUUCAUCAGGAUUCAAGAUUGAGGAUUAUUCAUAGAGAUCUCAAAGCAAGUAACGUUUUACUCGAUGACAAAUUAAAUCCAAAAAUAUCAGAUUUUGGAACGGCCAGAACUUUUGGAGGAGAUCAAACUGAAGGAAACACAAAUAGAGUCGUUGGGACUUAUGGAUACAUGGCACCAGAGUAUGCUAUUGACGGUUUGUAUUCUAUAAAAUCCGAUGUCUUCAGCUUUGGCAUACUUAUGAUGGAAAUUAUAUGUGGGACUAAAAAUAGAGCUCUUUGCCAUGCAAAUCAAACUCUUAACCUCAUUGGCUAUGCUUGGAGGCUAUGGAAAGAGGAGAAGGCUUUAGAGUUGAUAGAUUCAAGCAUAAAGGAGUCAUGUGUAAUCUCAGAAGUAUUGCGAUGCAUCCAUUUGAGUCUGUUGUGUGUACAACAAUACCCUGAAGAUAGGCCUACAAUGGCUUCUGUGCUUCUCAUGUUAGCAAGUGAGAUGGAUUUAGUUGACCCUAAAGAGCCUGGCUUCUUUCCCAAGAGGGUUUCUAUCGAAGCGAAUUCGCAGCCACAUCAAUGUGAAGUAUCUACAAAUGAUGACUUAACCAUUACCUCAUUAGAUGGCCGAUAUUCAAUGGGCAUUCCUUCUUUCACAGUGAUGCUUGCUUACAUGCUUUCUUCUUCUUCUCUUGCCAUAGAACUUGAUUCUCUUCAUGUUUCCCAGUCCUUCAGUGAUGGCAUGACCUUAGUGUCACAAGGUGGAAAAUUUGAACUUGGUUUCUUCAGCCCUGGUAACUCUUCACACAAGCGUUACUUGGGAAUUUGGUACAAGAAAAUUCCAAUUCAGACAGUUGUUUGGGUUGCCAAUAGGGUCAACCCCAUCAAUGGUUCCUUAGGAACUUUAACAAUUAACAGCACAGGCAAUCUUUUACUCACAGAAAAUGGCACUGAGACUACUGUUUGGAGCACAAGCACAAUCUCUCAAAAACAAGCAAAGAAUCCGGUAUUGAAGCUCUUGGACAGUGGCAAUCUUGUGUUAAGAAAUGAAGGGGAAUCAAAUCCAAAGGCCUAUUUGUGGCAAAGCUUUGAUUAUCCUACAGAUACAUUCUUGCCAACCAUGAAGUUGGGAAGGGACCUCCGAAAAGGUUUGGAUUGGCGCAUAACUUGUUGGAAGAGUCCAAAUGAUCCAUCCCCUGGAGACUUUUCUCUUGGUUUAGUUGUAAGGGAUUAUCCAGUCUAUUACAUGAUGAAUGGCACACAAAAAGUAUAUCGGUCUGGACCUUGGAAUGGCCUUUACUUCAGUGGAUUCCCAGAUCUGUCCUUUACAUAUGUUUUUGAAGACAGUUUUGUCACAAACAAGGAUGAGAUAUCCUAUAGUUAUAACACCAAGGUUGAUUCUAUCAUUGGAAGAGGUGUAAUAAGCCAAACAAGUCAAUCUCUUACAAGUUAUUUAUGGGAUGACAAUCUUCAGAAUUGGAAAGUUUCUGCAUCAACGCCAGGUGAUGUGUGUGAUAAAUAUGACCUUUGUGGAGCCUAUGCUUAUUGCAGUGUAGCAGAAUCACAGCAUCUCUGCCAAUGCUUUAAAGGGUUUAGUCCAAAGUCACCAGAAGAAUGGAACUCAAACAACUCCUCACAAGGAUGCAUUCGCGACGAUCCAUUAAGCUGCAAUGUCACAAGCACUGAUGUGUUUGUGAAAUAUACAGGCUUGAAAGUGCCAGAUACUCAGCAUACUAAGCUGCAUGAGAAUAUUAAUUUAGAUGAAUGCAGAAAUCUGUGUUUGAAGAACUGCUCUUGUAUGGCUUAUGCCAAUUCAGACAUAAGAGGAGGAGGCAGUGGCUGCGCCAUGUGGUUCGGCGAUCUAAUUGACAUCAAACUGUUUCAAAAUGGUGGACAAGAUCUAUACAUCCGAAUGCCUGCUUUUGAGUCAGGACUUCAACAUCGGCACAAGCAAAAAGUGAUCAUUGCUAGCACCAUUGUUGCAUUUUGUGCAACACUUCUACUUUGUGUUUAUGUUAUAUACAGAGUCCGAAGGAACAAUAUUGAAAAAUCAAAUAUAGAAGAAUAUGUAAAUGAUACAGAUCUACCAUUAUUUGAUCUACUAACAAUUACUACUGCCACGCACAAGUUCUCGUUGAAUAACAAGAUUGGACAAGGCGGUUUUGGACCUGUUUAUAAGGGAAAAUUAGAAGAUGGACUUGAAGUUGCUGUGAAGAGACUCUCACAUAGCUCUACACAAGGAAUGACUGAAUUCAUAACUGAAGUAAAGCUAAUAGCGAAACUUCAGCACCGUAAUCUAGUAAAACUUCUUGGUUGUUGCAUUCAAGGAGAAGAAAUUUUGUUAGUUUAUGAAUAUGUGGUUAAUGGGAGCCUAGACACCUUCAUCUUUGGUAUGUAA